CCCACCUAUGCCUACACUGAUUGUCUCUUAUAUUUGGCCACGAUGAAAAGAGAAAAGGGGCUCUUGGAGGUUAUAUGUCUACCUAACCUAGGAACUAAAACGAAAAUAGAGGAAUAAUAAACCACAAAAUGGCGAACCUCUCCUCCCUGCUCGAAGCUCGGUACGGUACCACCAGUAGCGGCAGCGCUGCUCCCCCCGCGGCCCCCAUCGCCGCGAACUCAACCCUCGAAACUCUGCUGCAGCACAAAUCCGUCCGUAAUUUUCUCCCGGACCCCCUAGCCCCGGGCACCCUCGAGCUCCUCACGGCCGCGGCCCAAAGCGCCGCCACAUCGUCCAACCUGCAACCCUGGAGCGCCGUCGCCAUAACCACGCCCUCCCUCAAAUCCCAAGCCGCCACACUAUGCGGCGACCAAGCGUUCAUCCGCGCCGCGCCGCUGUUCCUCGUCUUCUGCGCGGACCUCGCGCGUCUAACUACCACGUGCACACAGCACGGCACUCCCGGGACUGGUCUCGAGUUCCUCGAGAUGUACACUAUGGCCACGAUCGACGCAUCCCUUGCCGCGCAGAACGCGUGCGUAGCCGCUGAGUCCCUCGGGCUGGGCACGUGCUACGUAGGCGCGGCGCGUAACCGGCCAAGGGAGCUAGCUUCCCUGCUUUCCUUGCCGCCGCGCGUAGUCGCGCUAUUCGGGUUGGCGGUCGGGCGGCCGGACCCGGGAGCGCCGCCGGCGACGGUCAAGCCGCGGCUGGCGCAGGAUGAGGUGGUGCGUCGGGAGACGUGGGGACAGGCCGGCAGUGGUGGGCUGCAGGAAAAGGUAGCAAAACUGGCGGCGUAUGACGAGGCGCUAGCCGACUUUAAUGCGAAGCAGGGGCGCGGCGAUGCGCCGGCGUGGACUUAUCGGUCGGCGCAUCGCAUAGCGACGGUAGAGUCGUUGCACGGAAGGGACAUCUUCCGCGAGGUGCUAGAGGAGCGAGGUUUUGAGCUUCGGUAGGGUAUAGACGAGGUAAAGGACGUUGGUAAUCUAUAACACUUGAUAUAUAGAUUCCCUAGAUAUAUUCUUGACAGUUAUCAUCAUGAUUCGGACAUGGAAUCGCAACAAUUUCAUCACACUUUAGGUAGCAGCGAGGGAUAAAGCCCUACGAAGCCCCUAAUUUGCAUUCAUAGUCUAUCUACGUCGAGGAGGUAUCCAUAUCCCAUCCCUACC